AUGGCCAUCACCGACGCUCGCGUGGCUGCGGCGGUCGUGGGCGGCAUAGCUCUUGGAAUCACGCUGCAGUUCCUCGGAUGCUUGUUGUGGCACAACUGGUGGCCCAUGCUCACAGCCUUCAUGUAUGUGCUGGUGCCCAUGCCCGCCCUCUUCUUCGGCGGCGCCCCCGGGUCCAACCUGGCCAGCUCAUGGGUCGACGCGGGCAAGUUCCUGACCGGCUUCUCGGCCGUCGGGUCCGUGGCUAUCCCUGCCAUCCUGUACCAUGCCGGGAAAAUCGUGGGAGGAGCCCUGGUCAUGCAGCUGGUGGCUGUGGGGGUGCUGGCCGCCACACUCUUUGCCUGGGACUACAUGUCGGAGGUCGACGAGGGCGGUUUCUACUCCUACUGA